CAAACUUUACUGAACUUGGCAUAACCAGCAAAUAUUAUAAUUUAUUACUCCUCCAUGAUAUCGUAUUAAUUUUUAUCGUAAAGUACAAUAAGAAUACAAUUUAUGGUUUAUCAAUUACUUAUAAAAUAUCUACAACAAUAACUAGGGAUAUUUAUGAACCAAAUUUUAAUUUUAUUCCGUCGGCCACAUUAAUAUUUUAAUUGAUAAAUAAAAAUGAAAUCGCUGAGGAUAAGUUUGUGUUUCAUUGUCGUAAUAUGUGCUUUGAGCAUAGGAUUUGUUAAAGCUGAAGACGACGAAGUUACGCUAUCUAAAUUUGGAUCCAAAACUGGCCCUACAAUUAAAUUUUCUUAUUGUUAUUCUUGUGGUUAUAAACGAGUAUUCGAAGAAUAUGUUGGUAUUUUGAGACAAAAAUAUCCGGAGCUUCAUAUCCAUGGAGAGAAUUAUGAUCCACCAGGCUAUAAUAUGUUUAUUGCGAAAUUUUUGGGAUUUGCUAAAAUAUUAGUAAUUUUAUUAAUAAUCGGUGGCAUCAACAUUGCCCAAUGGUUGGGACAACCUCCACUAUUCUGGUGGGAUUGGUGUAUUAAUAAUAAAUUGUAUGCUUGUAUCAUGAUAUUUUUCGUUUGCAAUGCAAUUGAAGGCCAGCUUAUAUCUUCAGGAGCGUUUGAAAUUCAUUUCAAUGAUGUUCCAGUUUGGUCGAAACUUGUUACGGGUCGAGUACCGCAACCUCCAGAAUUAUUCCAAAUAAUCGAUAAUCAUCUCCAAAUGUUAUUCCCUGAAAAAGAUUCACUUGACAUGACUUUCACAAAAUAAUUUUUUUUUCGUUUACAAAAAUUAAAAUGAAAAUACUGAGUAUAAAAAUGAUAUUAAUUCAUCAUAAUUUAUAAACAAAAAAAAAUGUGAUUGCAUAAUUUUAAAGACAUAAGUUUAUAAUAAUACCGAUUUGUCAUAAUGAAUGAAUGAACAUAACACUGUUAUUUGUAUUUCAUCAAUUGUUAACACUAAAAAUUGAGUGUAAUUAUUAAUUACUUCAAAGAGUAGUAAUAAUA